AUGGCUUUAAAAAGGAAAAUUUGCUUCCCAGUCACUGAAAAGGAUUAUAUAAAAUUAAUUUGCAAUUUCAUAUACCGCUUGGGUCUAGCAGACUGCUGGUAUGAAAAACGGGAAAUAAGAUAUCCAAUAUUAAACAAAGCAUUCUCCCUUAUCGUAAAUAUAUUUUGGGUUAUUUUCACGGUCAAUGUUUUGGCAGCAAAUUACAGAACAGAUUUAACGUUAAAAGAAAGUAAUGAUGUACUUUUAUUUAGUUAUGGUUUGCCAGCAAUAAGUCUCAAAGUUAUAAUACUUUAUGCCAAAAAAGAAGAAAUUAAGGUAUUUUUCAAGAAACUUCUAGAGGGGGAGGUGACCCAACACUCGAAUAAGAGAGCUAUAAGAGCCGCAAUAGUUGUUUACGUGGUUGUUUGUUGCGACAUACCAGUACGAGUUGAGGUUCUUUAUUACCCUAAGACGAGCGAUACUGGGCUCCUUGUAAAUUUUAUUAGAUUUCUAGCCAUAGUUCACUUCUGGUACAUUAUCUGCAUUAUGAAUUCCACCGACUAUCUCUGUUUAUGUACUCUAGUCUUUAUCAAGUACAAGUUUAUAAGAGUUCGAAUGUUUUUUGAGAGUCUUGGCAAAAAGUCUAAGAGUAGUAAGGAGUUUGAGAAGGAGUUUUUGGAUGGUGUCAUGUUACUCAAGCAUGCUUUAUGGUGCGCUCGCAAUGUACAAAACACUAUUGGAAGCAUAUACAGUGUACAAAUCGUUGAAAGCAUUACUUUGCUAGUGGUUUUACUUCUAAAAGCUGUGUAUGCUGGGUCCGAUAUGGCGCUGCUACUAGUGUGUGUGGGAUCUUAUAUCUCUAUAGUUAUCUUAACUGGAGUUUAUAUGACAUAUUCGGCUAAUAUCACAUAUGAGGCUUUGCAAGUCCCUACAGCCAUUUUUCAUUGUGGAUGGGAGAAGGUUAGGAUUAGACCAGGUCUUCGGAAACUCAUAGUCGUCACGCUCCAACAGUCUCAGAAACCACUUUAUAUGACAGCCUUUGGGGUCAUCAAUUUGUCAUAUGAAAAUUUCUUAGUGGUUUUACGGUUGUCUUAUUCGUUCUUCGUGGUUAUGCGAGAUUCUAAAGGCACAAGAACAUAA